AUGUCCUUCUUCGUCGGCGCGCGCGACGCGUCCGAGUCGUCGAGCGCGUCGUCGUCGGGCGCGACGAGGGACGCGCGCGGCGCGCGCUCGAGCGUGGGCGAGUGGUGCGACGACGACGACGCGUUAUCGCGCGUGGACGACGAUACGUUGAACGCGAUGCUGCGGCCGAGCGUGUACGCGAUCACGCGGGAAAUCAAACGGCGAGGCGGGGGGGCGAGUGAGCGGUUGCGGUCCAUCGCGGCGGACGCGCGUUGGACGCGCGACGCGACGACGGAACGGUUCGGAAGCUUGCCGGUGUUCGCGAACGCGCGGUGUGGGACGUGGUACGUCGACGCGCCGGAGUGCUAUUUUAAGUCCACGGACGGGCACGAUAAGAAUUGGGCGUUCAGUGGGGUGAGAUUGAACGCUCGGGUCGCGCGCGAGGCGGCGGCGAGAGGCGGAUGCGUCGUCGUGGACGCCACGGCGAGCGCGGUGAAAAGGUUCCCGGAUGCGAUGUCGAAGACAGUGCCGAUAUGGUGUGAAACGCUGAAUAGGGCGGUGGCGAGAGCGGGUGGGGUGAGGUGGAGAGAGGGCGAUGACAGAGGCGUGACGCUGCCAGAGUGGAUUUCAACAAACGAGCGCGAGGCGGUGAACGCGAGGCGAGAGCAGUUCGAUGACUCUCUGCGGCGAUCGGGAUGGGACGCGGGGAAUGAGCUGAGAGAUAUCUUGAAGAAACCUUUCCAGUGCGUGUGGGUGAGUCAGGGCGGUGAUGGCAGCGAGUUGACGCUCGAGACGUUGCGAGCUGCCGAUUUCACACCAAUCGUACUCCUGUCGGCGAGCGCGCCACUGCUCGGACGAGGUGAGCGUUCCGUCGGCGAUGAUGGGCGGGCGUUCACGUAUGUUCCAGGAGCGGGAGACGACGAAGAAAGUUGGGCGCGCGGGCUUACGCCCGAAAUCUACAGGAAACAUCGAGACGCACUGCUGCGAGCAAACCAGGGCGACGUGGACGUGCUCAUAUCAAAACUCGUCGCUCGAUCUAGAGAUAGCAAAGGAACGGGCGAAUAUAGCGAAACCGUCAUUGAACUCGAUCCAGAGUGCGGUCUAGGGGCGUGUCGAGUGGCAUCGCGUCGAGUCUACGAUAGACCAGAUGUCAACGACCUCGCGGAUGCAUUCUUACACGUUGGAGAGCUCGCUGUGGAAUCGAGCAGACUCGCGACGCCCUUUUUGCACGUUUCGGCUAAAAAGGAUAAAAUCAGUCGCUCGGAUUUGAAGAACGCGAUCGAACCGUCUAUUCAGUUCGUGAGACGAUCGCUGCCGACACCCAAGGCACGCUUGUGCGUCACCUGCGACGACGGCGUCGAUCACUCCGUCGCGAUGGUCAUCGCGCUCUCCAUCGCGUUGUGUCCCCAGUCUCUUGGUGCGGAUCUCACGAAAGACGAUAUUCGACGUCGAUUAGCCGUGAUCUCUCGAACGCACCCCGACGCUCGACCGUCUCGCGGAUCGCUAAAGCAGGUGUACAAUCACUUUGUGGGCUAA